ACCCGAGAUGUAUGGUGGCGGUGGCCCCGGUUUUUUUUUUCCUCCUUCUUUAUGUGUAGCUUAUCUCGCAACGCCGGGUUCCGGCCCCAUGUGGUACAGAACGGUACCCAGCGGCGGCUUAAAACCCACCAAACGCAGCCAAGCUUUGGACCGACGUGAGUAUGAUAUGAUAAGUUAUUUGUGCGUGUCGGCAUUUUGGUGUACCGUUCUUUGUCCCAUUCCAUCCCGUCCAUCGCAACGAGUCUCCCCGACCUUCGAAAAAACACCUCAACCAAACCCCCACAUCUCACUCUCCCCAUCUCUUGGCUCUUGGGCGAACUGCAUUCUGCGGCAGUAUGACAAACGAACCCCCGUCAAUUGCCACUUCGAAUCCACCCCCGGAGUUCCUUCCUGCGAAUGCUUUCGACUUCGUUCCGGAUCUUCACGCGUUACUCCUUCGUGUUUCCCGAGAGGAACUUGAGUUGAAGGAUGUCGACCACGAAUCGAGCCACAUUCGGCUAAAGAUGGAAAAGGCUCGGGCUAUGGUUGCGAAUCUCCCGGAUGUGGAUCGCAGCCUGGAGGAGCAAAAGAAAGAGAUCAGGGAGCUCGAGGAGCGCAUCGAGAAGCAGAGGGGUAUGAUCAAGGCAGUCGGGGAGAUGCAAAUCGUCAAGGACGUCAUCAGAAGGAGGAGUGGGGUGGAAUGAGUGUCUGCAAUGGGCUCCGGGCAUCUGGGACAUCAACACAACGGCUGUAAAAAGUAUAUCCGUUUCAUGAUCGCGGUGAGGGAGUAGCGUACGGGAUAAAUGUUGGGUGGGGUGGGGAGUUAAGGGGUUCAUAUGAUUGAUUUGGGUGGUCGUGAAAUAUGUACGGUACUCGAUCACAAUGGUAAUAUCCUAACUCUUGCC